UUGAACAUGUCGUUCAAUGACCUACCACCGUCCAUAUUGCUGUCAAUUGCUUCCAGACUUGAGGAAGUUGAUUUCCUUGCAGGAUAUGCUACGAUCGAUCGUCCAUGGAAUUCUGUAGUCGAAGCCUUGACUUUUCGAGAACUGCGUAGCAAAUCUUUCGAGCAUCUUUCAAGAAUACCGGAUCGCAUGAACCCGGAUAGGUGGGAAGCAUUACGGGCGCUUGACAUAAUCAUACAACUACCGGAGUAUGGAAGGGAGAAGUGGCAUGAUCUCGAGAUCGAGAAGGACAAGCAUACCAACAAUGUUGUAUUGAGUGAUUCUUUGCGAGAGACUUUCGCAACUAUCAAUUCAUGGCAACAGUACAGAUGUGGACCACCGCAGAUGACACUCGCGAUUCAAGCUAUCUCAAAAAGCGACUAUUGCCAUCUAGAUAUACGAAAUCGCAUCAAGCGUCGUGGUAACGCUGCCCCUAGUAUGGAAGAUGUUAGGAUCGAGGCGAGCUAUCUGCAUCUCCUUGGGGAUCUGCCAUACUGCCCUUCUGUAUCGAGCCUAGUGUUUCGAGGCGCGCGUCUCCUAAGACAGCUCCCUGGAGAACCGAGCCGACCGUGUUGUCCAAGGCUGUUGUCUGGAGAAAAUGUCAUACGCAUUAUCAAAGCCUGCCGAUCGGCGAACAUAGUUCAGCUUGAACUCUCUGACCAGGAGAGUAACAACUCGGAGCUUCGUGACAGAGAGCGCACAGAUUUUGCGACGAGCUUGCUUGAUUUACCACAAAGCGUGACGCACCUCGAACUACAGUAUCCCGGGGUCGCGAAUCAGUUGUUCGACCCACCAUCAAUUCCUUUGCUGAACGGCAAAGACUUGUUGAGCCAUAGCUUGAACACGGUUUCACGAAAACUUGAGACUCUAGAGAUUAACGCGGUGCUGAGUGAUGAUUUGUUCGGAGUCAGCGACUCGGGUUCCUCAUGGCCCCAACUCAGAUCGCUCCGUAUCUAUUUUGAGCCGUGUACCCCAACAGGCGAAUGGAUGCUGGAGCUGGAUCAGCAAGACACAGAAAUCGAGCCUGACGACGAUGAAGACGAGCAAUAUGAAGAUUUGGGUAUCUAUCGAAGACAGACUGAGAUGCCUGCGCGGAUGCAUUUUCCACCGAGAUCCUUCAGAACUAUGGUCAACAUUGACGUGUUUGAUGAUAUAUCCCUUGCUGCUGCGAAAGCCUUGACCAAGAUGCCGAACCUGCGCGACCUCAAGCUCAUUGUUGGAAAUGAAGAACCGGAGACGGGAUGUCUGUGUACGUUCACUUCGGAUGGCAGGUCUUCCCACAAGGUGGUCUGGCGAAGCAGGUCUGCGACCAUGUAUGAGCCUCAUGAGGAUGUGAUCGCAGCUUGGAAGCAUGUUUUCGAGAAGAGGACUGGAGAGCUCGAGGUGCAAGUUCUCGGACAUGAGCACAGUCCUAUUUGA